AUCGCCGCUGCCAUCGAUUAGCUGGACAGCACUAAUCAAAAGAAAACACAGACCAGAAACAUAUAGAAUAAUUUCGCACCUGAUUUGACUUUUGCCACGACUGUCCGAUCAGCUAAUCCCUCCGCCACCUUCCUAGAAGCCGGAGUUUCCAUUCGGAGUUCAAGGAAUAGUGUGAAGCACGCAACCUCCCACGCAUAGUAUAUAUAGAUUAUAUAUAUAAAUCAAAGCGCAUCCCCGCCCCCGCCAAUCAUGUCAUUGGAUCGCAAUGGUCGUUGGCCAGAUCGGAGUUAAUUGGGAUUAGUGGACGCACCAGUGACUAUGCGUUGGGAACGAAUAGUCCCCGAACUGAAGUCCACAUAGAGAAGAAUCCCCGGAGUCUCCUGUCCCCCAAGUUCCUCCUUUCCCACAAGCGAUUGUGAUCGAUCCGUGCCCCAGAUCCCGGCUAUAAUCGAGCGGAGAGGAGUGGUGCUGUCAUCAUGCUGCUGGUGCGACAGCUGUUCGGGGCUUCGGCCAACUCCUGGGCCCGUGCCCUCAUCGUCUUCGUCCUGGCCUGGGCCGGAUUGGUUUACGUUUUUGUUGUCAAACUGACCAACACGCAGGGCCAACAGGCAGCUGGCGAGAGUGAGCUUAAUGCCCGCCGCAUCUCACAGGCCCUCCAGAUGCUGGAGCACACGCGGCAGCGCAACGAGGAGCUCAAACAGCUAAUCGACGAGCUGAUGAGUGACCAGCUGGACAAGCAGAGCGCCCUCAAAUUGGUGCAGAGGUUGGAGAACGAUGCUUUGAAUCCAAAGCUGGCGGCCGAGGUCGCUGGCCCGGAACCAGAAUCCAUGUUCGAGUCAGCGCCCGCCGAUCUGCGUGGCUGGAAUAAUGUGCCCGAGGCAGCGCCCAAUGAUAUCCUCGAGGCAGGUGUCUCCGAUCAUGGCGACUUCGAACCGAGCCUGGAAUACGAGUUCACGCGCCGGCGAAUCCAGACGAACAUCGCCGAGAUCUGGAACUUCUUCAGCAGCGAACUGGGCAAAGUGCGCAAGGCGGUGGCCAAUGGUCAUGCGAACGCCGAUCUGGAGGAGUCCAUCAACCAGGUGCUGCUCCAGGGUGCCGAGCACAAGCGCUCGCUGCUGAGCGACAUGGAGCGGCUGCGCCAGUCCGACGGCUACGAAACCUGGCGCCACAAGGAGGCGCGCGAUCUGAGCGAUUUGGUGCAGCGGCGAUUGCACUAUCUGCAGAAUCCCAGUGACUGUCAGAAUGCUCGCAAGCUGGUCUGCAAGCUCAACAAGGGCUGUGGCUACGGCUGCCAGCUGCACCAUGUGGUGUACUGCUUUAUCGUGGCCUACGCCACCGAGCGCACGCUCAUCCUGAAGUCCCGCGGCUGGCGCUACCACAAGGGCGGCUGGGAGGAGGUGUUCCAGUCGGUGUCCAACAGCUGCCACGAUGCGGGCACCGCCAACACGUACAACUGGCCGGGCAAGCCGAACACCCAGGUGCUGGUGCUGCCCAUCAUCGACUCGCUGAUGCCGAGACCACCGUACCUGCCGCUCGCCGUUCCCGAGGAUCUGGCGCCGCGUCUAAAGCGCCUGCACGGCGAUCCCAUCGUCUGGUGGGUGGGCCAGUUCCUUAAGUAUUUGCUCCGGCCGCAGUCGACGACGCGGGACUUCCUCACCGCAGGCAUGCGCAAUUUGGGAUGGGAGCGUCCAAUCGUGGGGGUCCACGUUCGCCGCACUGAUAAAGUGGGCACGGAGGCGGCCUGCCACAGCGUGGAGGAGUACAUGACGCAUGUGGAGGACUACUACCGCACGCUGGAGGUGAACGGCAGCAGUGUGACGCGUCGCAUCUUCCUCGCCUCGGACGAUGCGCAAGUGAUCGAGGAGGCGCGCCGGAAGUACCCACAGUACCAGAUCAUCGGCGAUCCAGAGGUGGCGCGCAUGGCGUCCGUAUCGACGCGAUACACGGACACGGCGCUGAACGGCAUCAUCCUGGACAUCCACUUGCUGUCCAUGUCCGAUCACCUGGUGUGCACGUUCUCGUCGCAGGUGUGCCGCGUGGCGUACGAGAUUAUGCAGACAAUGUAUCCGGAUGCGGCGCAUCGGUUCAAGUCGCUGGACGACAUCUACUACUAUGGCGGCCAGAAUGCGCACAAUCGCCGCGUGGUCAUCGCGCACAAGCCGCGCACGCACGAGGAUCUGCAGCUGCGGGUCGGCGAUCUCGUCUCGGUGGCCGGCAACCACUGGGACGGCAAUUCGAAGGGCAAGAACACGCGGACCAACCAGGGCGGCCUGUUCCCCUCGUUCAAGGUGGAGGAGAAGGUGGACACCGCCAAGCUGCCCCUCUAUCCGGGUGUUUAGUGGGCCAACGGCUAAUGGCUAAUUUAGCCGACCAACGGCCAUGUUGUUGAUUGAUCUGUGAAUCUUCUACGCCGCAUUCCACCUGGAAUCUCCACGGUGCACUUCGAUUCGGCUUGGAUCAGCAUCUCCAGUAUCUACUGAUUGUCCAGAAUCUCAAAUGUAAUCUCUCUCUAUCUCGUUUGUAUUUUUGUCCGGUCCAUUGGGGCUCGUGCUGCUUGUGACUCUUUCUUCGUGUUCUCGUCUUUUACGCACUUUUACGUUCUGGUUCCGAUUCCGAAUCUCUCUCAGAUUCAGCAUUUGUACAAGUCUUUUAUUAACUAGUAAGUCGAAAGCCGAAGAAAUUAUGUUGACAAGGAUAUACAUAAAUAUAUAUAUAAAUAAAUUAUAUAUAGGAAUGCAUGUAGGUUCACUAAGCGCAAUAUAGUCUAUCACUUGUAAAAUAGUUGAAAAAAAAAAAACAGAAGAGAUGAACGCAAAACAAAACUAAAUCUGAUACAUUUCAAGCGUCAAUAGAAAAAUAAAUAAAUAGUAAUGUUUUAAAAUGAAA